GAGAAUGUGGAACGGGGUAACUGGUCUUCGAAGACUGAUUACCUGCUCUCAAUGAUUGGUAAUGCAGUGAGUUUUGGGAAUGUUUGGAGAUUUCCUUACCUGGCUUACAAAAACGGAGGAGGUGCAUUCCUUAUUCCCUAUUCUGUCAUGCUGGCCCUUGUUGGGAUACCAUUGUUUUUCUUGGAGUGUUCCUUUGGUCAGUUUGCCAGCCUUGGGCCUGUUGCAGUGUGGAGGGCUGUGCCUAUGUUACAAGGUGUGGGGAUUGCUAUGAUGCUUCUGAUUACAAUGUCCAACAUUUCGUACAACUGCAUCGUUGGCUACAGUCUAUACUACCUGUUUGCUUCCUUCCAAUCACCCCUACCAUGGGCAGACUGCUUCAGUUGGUGGGGAGCAGAUGAAACAUGCAGCAGGACCCCCAAAGAGACUCUCUGCAAUCUCACUCUGACUGAUGGAUAUUUUGAAAUCGUUAAUAUAACACAGCUGCAGGAAAACAAUGGAUCUUGUCCAAAUGGAUCAGAAAUCUCCAAUCCUCACCAGGGCCCGAGUGAGCAAUACUGGGAUAAAGCAGUUUUACGCCGUUCCAGUUCAAUGGAUGAGACUGGGGAGGUAAUCUGGUAUUUAGCCCUUUGUCUGCUUCUUGCCUGGCUAAUAGUUGGGGCAGCAUUAUCAAAAGGAAUCAAAUCUUCAGGAAAGGUGGUUUAUUUCACUGCGACAUUCCCUUACGUGGUUCUGACCAUCCUCCUGAUCCGAGGGGUUACCCUGGAGGGAGCUUCUAAAGGAAUUGAAUUCUACAUCGGAAGCCAGUCAGACUUCUCCAGACUGGCUGAUGCUGAGGUCUGGAAAGAUGCUGCGACUCAAAUUUUCUUUUCUAUCUCAGUGGGUUGGGGCACUUUAGUAGCAUUGUCGUCUUACAACAAGUUCCACAAUAACUGCUACAGAGAUACCAUCAUUGUCUGUGUUGUUAAUUGUGCUACAAGUGUGUUUGCUGUAUUUGUCAUCUUCUCCAUCCUGGGACACAUGGCUCGCAUACAAGAUAAGCCCGUUUCAGAGGUUGCCCAGUCAGGUUUCGGUUUGGUCUUCAUUGCCUACCCAGAGGCCCUUGCACAGUUACCGUGGGCACCAUUAUGGUCUGUUUCAUUUUUCUUCAUGCUGCUCACUCUGGGAGUUGACACACAGUUUGCAGGUUUAGAAACAGUUAUGACAGCCCUGCAAGACCAGUUCCCUACAUUGGUCCAAUCAAAGCGCCUUCUUCUGACAGCUGGUGUUUGUUCGUUAUUUUAUCUGCUUGGCCUUCUAUGUGUGACACAGGCUGGGAUUUACUGGCUAAAUUUAAUGGAUCAUUACGUUACGGACUGGAUUCUCGUUAUAACAGCUCUCCUGCAACUCAUCGGUCUCAGCUGGAUCUAUGGGACAAACAGAUUCAUCAAGGACAUUGAGAUGAUGAUUGGGGAAAGGACUUGGCUCUUCUGGCUGUGGUGGAGAAUGUGUUGGAUUCUGAUCUCUCCGUGUUUGCUGGUGGCAGUCUUAAUCUGGUCCUUGACAACAUUUGCCCCACUAAGAUAUGGAUCUGUUGAAUACCCUGUCUGGUCAGGAGCACUGGGCUGGUGUAUGACCAUCUUCUGUAUUAUGUGGAUCCCCAUCAUGGCUGUGGUGAGAGUUGUCCAAGCUGAGGGCCCCACCUUG